AUGAACGCGAAGGACAACAGCAGCGGAGAUGAGCAGGUCGAGUGUCCACUGUGCAUGGAACCGCUAGAGGUGGACGAUCUGAACUUUUAUCCCUGCACCUGCGGAUACCAGAUAUGUCGCUUCUGCUGGCAUCGGAUCCGCACGGACGAGAACGAACUGUGCCCGGCGUGCAGGAAGGCGUAUCCGGAAAACCCGGCCGACUUUACGCCCCUAUCGCAGGAGCAGAUUGCGGCGUUCAAGGCGGAAAAGCGUCAGCGGGACCAGCAGAAGAGGGCGAAAAUCUCCGAAAACCGGAAACACCUCGCGAACGUACGGGUGGUGCAGAAGAACCUGGUGUUCGUCGUGGGGCUACCGCCGAGACUGGCCGACCCGGAGAUUCUGAAGAAGCACGAAUACUUCGGGAAGUAUGGUAAAAUCCAUAAAGUGGUCAUUAACCCUAGUACAGCGUACGCCGGUGUGCAGGGUCCGUCGGCGUCAGCGUACGUGACGUACAUCAACAACAACGACGCGCUGAGGGCAAUCCAAAGCGUCAACAACAUCAUGAUCGACGGGCGACUGAUAAAGACGAGCUUAGGUACGACCAAGUACUGUAGCCACUUUAUGAAAAACCAAACCUGUCCCAAGCCGGACUGCAUGUACUUGCACGAGCUGGGCGACCAGGAGGCUAGCUUUACGAAGGAGGAGAUGCAUCAAGGGAAGCAUCAGGAGUACGAGAAGCGGUUGCACGACUCCAUGCAGGCGCAGUUAGGUCUGACGUCGGCGAGUGGCACCGGCAGCGGUAGUGCGGGCAGUGGUGGUGCGAUCAGCAACGGUACUACUGGUAGCGGUGGCGGCAGUGGCGUUGCGCUGCCCAGCUCGGCAUCCGCGACCACGAUAGCCAGUCUCGGUCAGACGGCAGCGGCGGUCGUAGCGGCAACGAUCGUGCCAUCGGCGACGGGAGCCUCGUCGGCAGCAGCAUCAACUGCAGGUGCGUCCCCGCUGGUGGUAAAUGGCAGCUGUGAGGGUGGUGUGGCGGGUAUUGGUGGUGGUAGUGAGAGUAUGCCCAGGUCCCACGUUGGCGUCAGCGGAAGCCACAGCCACAGCAUCACGAAAGCGACGCCGACCGCGGCGGCCACAACAAAGGGCACCGGCAGUGCGCUAGGUUCUGGUGGCAGCAAGUCAGGUGAUAUUAAACAGAUAAGCGACAUAACCAAUGGACCGAUACAGAACAAAGACGCGUGGCCAAGCUUAUCGACGACGCCACCCCUCACCACCGGCUGCGGAGGAAUCGGCGGUAGCAAUAAGGAGAAUAAGCUUAACGGUAAAACAGGUGUGUCUAACAAAGAGAAUACGGCGUCGAACCGAAUUGACCGAAAGCACGAAACAAAAUCUCGCUCGAAGGGAGGCAAAAACAAGUCACAGCCACAACACAACAACAAAAACAGUCACGACAAUUCCAGUAAUCAUAAAGAUAGUACAACUAAUGUGACUAGUGCCAACGGUGUUUGUGCUGCAGCUGCCGGGGGCAACAAGGGUGCGUCGCUGGCGAACGGCAAGGGAGGCAAGAUGGCCAACGGUAAGCAGCGCAGCAGCAACGCUGGCAGCGGAGGCCCGCUUCAAUCGCACGAGGCAGCCCUCAAUGGUAGCAGCAAUAAGGAGGUACACAACAAUAGUAAAAACCUGAAACAGCAGCAGAAGCAUCAGCUUCAGCAGCAACAACAGCAGAUCAUUCUCAACGGCAACGAUGGCAGUGAGUCGAAGGGACAGAGCAAAAAGCACGACCCGAACGCAACUACUGCUGCCACCGCGGCAAGCAUGACGGAUCGUGUAGUGGCUAACGGUGCUAACGGCCAUAUCAUCAACGAUCUCGACGAUGAUGAUGACGAACUGGACUUUGAGGACCUGGACAACGACGCCCUGUCAUCAGAUAAUGAUGGCAAAACCGAUUCACCUUCGCUAAGCAGCACGGAGUCGUCCCAGAAUGGUGGCGACAGUGGUUCGCUCAGUGAGACGGCCAGUGGCAAGAGCUCACCCGGAGCGUAUACCGAUCCGUUGGGCAACGGCAGUGAUAAUGUGAUAGCAGCCAGCAAGGAGAACGUACCGAACGGUGUCUCGAGUGGAGCACCAGCGACGGAAGACGGUGGUGAUAAUGUGGCGCUUCGCAGCUCAUCGUCGCCUUCUGCCUCUUCCAUCACAACCACCACCUCGACGUCAUCGGAGAAUAAUAAUGCUAUUGUGGCCAGCGAAAGCUCGGCAGCCACUGUCGCGACUGGAGCGUCUUCGGCGGUCAGUUCGUCACCGUACGGAACCACGGCAAUGGACGGUUCCAGCUCUACGACGCUCAGCUCAUCGAUGGGCAAACUGGCCCUCACCAGCAGCACCACCGCAAACGGUAGUAUUCUGAACCACAAGUUCACGGGCAACAGCGCCAGCCUCAUCGAGGGACCGGCGGCACGGUUCAGUAAUCUCACCGGCGCCACCCUGCUGGACGAUAACAGCAGCUUCUUUUCGUACGAUUCCUUCAAUCUGCACGCCAAGCAGUCGGCAACGGACCUAGGUUUGUUUAGUUUUGGUACCCACCAGCUUCGCUACGGGUUGACUUCGUCUCAGUUGCCGGAUCUCCUGAGUGGUACAAAUGACACGAACGAUCAGCACGCCAAGGAGUUGCUCAAGAAUAUGGGCAAUCUUCAGCAGCAGGCUCAGCAGCAUCAUCCGCAGCAUCAACAGCAGCACCCGCACCAGCAACACUUGUUCCAGCAUGCGGCUCGCUUCCAGCAGCACCUGAACGGGCUCAGUGGGCUCAUCGGCAACGGUGACGCCAGUGGCAUCAUGGGCGGUGCAGGAGGCCCAACCGAAGACCUAGAGGCAACGCUAAGCAAGUACGUGAUGCGUAACAAGCUGGACGACCAGCACGAAGAGUGGUUGCGCUUGCAACAGCAGCAGCAACAGCAGGAGCAACAGAAACGUGGUCACCUAAACAACGGACUGAACGGACUGCCACAAUUCAUUAAUUUUAACGAAUUUGGAAUGAACGAUUUCAUGCACAAACCGAACGUCAUUCAAGGCAACUUCCUUAGUCAGCAGCAGCAGCAGCAGCAGCAAAUGCGGUUACACACGGACGUGGGCCAAAUGUACGGCAACGCCAACAUGUCGAAGCUGAACAAGUUUUUCGACUUCCACAAGAACCAGCAACAGCAGCAGCAGCAGCAACAACAACAGCAACAAUUUUUACUCAACGGACAACACAAUUCGCUCUCGCAGGCGGUGGACAUGAAUUUAGUUAAUCUCCUCGAGAACAGUCGGUUGAACGGCCAUUUUCUCGACCAACACAAUGGUUUGUUGGGAUCACAGCUACAGAAACAACGGUUACUCAAUCUGAACGCUCACAAUGUGCUGCUGAACGGUGGCAAUCCGCUGCAGCAGCAACAGCAACAUGCGGCCGCGGCCGCGGCAGCAGCUGCAGCCCAACAGUCUAGCAGCAGGAUCCACAAUCCUCAGCAACAGCAGUCCCAGCAGCAGCAACCACAGCAAGUGGCGCAGUAUUCGCAAAACCCGACGGUCGACGAUGAGCUCGGAUUCGAUCCGUUCCUCGAAACGCAAAAAGCGUUGGCCGAGCUGAUGAACGACGAAAUGAAUCAGCAGCAGCUACCGCAGGGCUCAGCCAACCACAGCAAGCUGCUGGAGAACGUCCAGCAACAGCAGCAGCAACAGCGAACGCGGAUGCCACCGCCUGGCUUCAAUCACAUGAAUGCUUUCGGGUUCGGUGUACCGCGUGCGCAAGGGAGUAAAAUAUUGCCCUUCAUGAACGGUGGCAUGCCGCUACCGAACGGUCAGCAGCAGGCACCGGCGCAGGCCGGUAGCUGGAACAAGCAGCAGCAGAUGCAGCAGCCAUUCAUGGGUUUCCAGCCGAACGAACCGAACCAUAUGGCCCAGCCUCAGGGCCCGCAGAAUGGUCUCAACAAAGCAGCUUAUGGUAACAAUUUCCCCGACUGGACGUCCCUCGAUCCGGCCAUCGUAUCGUACCGUCAGUUCUCUUUCAUGAACGGACCGAAUCAGGCGACCGGUGGCGAUAUGUUCCUCUCCGCUCAGCAGCAGCAGCAAAUGAAUCAGCAGCAAAACCUUCAACCUGGACAAGCUUUCGGGCACCAUGGUCUCAACUUGCAGUCGAACUUGAUGGGUCAACAGCAGCAGCAGCAGCAGCAACAAGCUAAUCCACAGCUUAACUUUUCUCACGCCAACUGGCUAAACAACGAGCAGAACGUCUACAUGAACGGCGGGCUGACGAAUGGUGGCGGGUUCCCGAACGGUUUCGACAAGUUCUCCAUCCCCAUGCCGCCGGGAUUCCAGAACAACGUGCCCGGCAACAACAAGCAGAAAGCCGAGUGCAUCAACUAAGCGCCCCUCGCGUCCAUUUCUCUUAAACCGAACACCAACCAACCAACCAACCACCACCCGGAACUCUAGCCCAACCAGUCAAUCAAACGGAUCGCAAACCUUUAAAAACGACAGACAAACGACCGCCACCAUAGGUGAAUGGAUGGAAUUAUCCUUCUUGUUCGAAAAAGUUCCAAAACAAUCGCCCCGCUUCAGAGAGUGGCGGUUUUUGACAUCUACUUUGUGAUAGGAUGGCGCAACGAUCGUGCAACCCGCUCGAAUGAGCUGCACAGCCACGUCCUGCUGUGUGUUCUGAUCUGUGGUAUCUACAAUGUAAGCUGUGUGUGGGUGUGUUGUGAGUGUGUGCGUGCAAGGAUCAGUCAUUAACGACGUACUAAAGUUUUCCUCGUCCGUAUCCCAUUGAAUGCGGUGCCAGAAACGGUUGCCGCAUGAAUUAGUAGAAUAUGAAGAUUGUGUAGGGGGUUCCCUAGCACAGCGCGCAUAACACUGAAACGAAAUAAAAUUUCCACCCACUGGUUCGAUCACAUUACGAUCAUCUGACGCACACGCACACACGACGCGCGCACACAUCGACGGUGACGGCUCGACCGCGAAUGGAAGCGUAUGUUUGAUGAGAAAAGUUAAACGAAUGUAGCUUAUCGACAGGGACGUGGGAUGUCCCCUCGGGAAACGGUUUUUGUGGAACCGAAAGCAAACGUACCUGUGGAACGCAACAAAACGAACGAGCGGACGUAUCAAGGGAGCGAAAAGCAAAUUCAGAUUUCAAUCGGUGGCUCCGAACGGCACACGGUUCCGCCCCCCAAAUGAAAGCGGGCGAUCCGCCGCGCUACUUGAGUGUAAUUUUGCGAACACCACAAAAGGAACUUCCGUUUCUGAUGUGCUUUUUUUCUCGAUCCCCCGAGCAUUGGUUGCUCAAUCGGAUCGGCGGCAGGAGUGUGCCUCAAACGACAUUGCAAAAUCACACAUCAGGUAUCUUCUUUGGAGCACGGUGGGACCUCCGAUGGGACAGGUUUGCUUACAUUGCGCGCGCCUGCGGCAGAACAAACCACCGAUCGUAACUGGCUGGUGACAGGACGAUCGAUCGAACGGAAAUUUAAGACACGCAAGACGCUGCGAAGAACUCCAGGAAACCUAGGGAUGACUCAACUCUUGACCACUCGCGGAAGGGGGUCGAAACUUUCAGAGAAAUGUUUUAAAUUAUGUCCAACACACUGUCUGGCAACACCAUGUUUUAGCGAAACCAACAUUGCCACACUGCAGCAAAAUGGUUAGGCACGGACGGAUGGGUGGCCCAUUAUAUUCUCUAUUACACUAUUAUUAUGAAUAUUAUUGAUUAUUUGAAAAUUCUAUCCCUGACCACGCACGCGAGCGACCACCUUUCACUAAUCGAUGGGACUUUUAAGAGGCGGUGACCGCUGGUGUGACCACUUUAUGAUAUGCAAUACCCAAAAUUAUAACCAAUCAUAAGUAAGCAAACAAACCAGAACCGGGACGGGGCGGCAAAGGAUCGGAGAGCGAUCGUCGUUACAAGAGAGAGAGAGACGCACAGGAGGAUCUGUGGGGACGCGAUUGGGCUAAUCAACCGCUUUCCGCGCAACGGUCGACGCACGGGGGCCUUCGGUGAUCGGAUACGAUCAGACAGACAGACCAAUGGAAAGGAUGGAAGAGGAAAUACGUGAAUCCGGACAAUGCAUUCCCCACGUGGCAGUGGUGUCAAGCUGCGACAUGAGAUGACGAAAGCGAUCCAUACUUAACCCGGUGGCACACGGAAACGGUGUGCAAAACAGUGUUGCAGUGCACGUGGCAUGUGUUUUGGGGGGGCGAUCUCUCCAGACAUGUGCAAACGUUAAGGGUGCACAGGAGAUCGCUCCACUCCACGGCCCGCGCACCCAUCUCUCUAGUCAUGUUUGUUUCCGCUCGGUGUCGCUCGGAUGGUUCGCGUUUCGGAUGACGGGGGCUGGCCCUUUGUUGUGCGCCUCUUCCCUAUCCCGGUUCCUGCACCGAAACUGGCAGGCGCAGGUGCACGGCACCACUGUCGGAUAAGGGGUUAGCAUUGAUCCUCCCAUUCACGUAUAAUGUACAGCCACACGCCGCGUUGAUCGCGCGCGUACCAUUCACACCUCUCUCCAUUCUUCUUCCACACGCAAGAAGGCCUUCGGCUGGGGUUGUGCGCGGAAAGUGGAUCAAGCGAAUGAAGCAAAUGUGGUGGGGACCCCCGAAUUGAGGGCCCCCCCAUUAGCAUUCAUGUAAUGCAAUGAGUAAACAUAAAUGAUGCCUUUGAGAAGACCAACCUUGCGUUCCCCGCAAUCCAGAGAUCGAUAGAAGGAGAAAGAGAGAGAGAGAGAAUGCCCACACUAAACCUUAUAUGCUAAACAAAACACUAAGGAAUAUUACAUUGUGAAUCGAAAGUAUGCUAACAAAGGGAACCGUGUUGCGCUGCUGUUGCUGUUAGGCGAAGCCGAGAGAGCUUUGCGUGCGUUGAACGCGAAACACACAUUAUAAAUAAUACACGCGAGGAGAAGAAGAUGCUGACGAUGAUGCUGAGAUACUGAUGACACUGCGAUGAUGAUGGACGCAGAGCGAGCGGUCAAACCAACCGCGCAAUAUGUAGCAAAUUUAAACGAUAAACAAACAAAAACACAAACAACACAAAUGAUUGCCGUGCCCGUCGUGGCGUAGCUAAACGUAAUCCGCAAAAUGAACCUUGUGGUGGCGAUCACGGCGCACACACGAGACGCGGAUCGAGGUCGGUGGGUGCAGCACUCGUGGUACCGGCGGGGAGAAAAGACGAUAUAAAUUGAAGCAUAAGAACGAGUGAGACGCGCGAAUGGGGGAAAGUAUAAUACAGAGUAAAACGAUGAGAAAAAAUGGCAAAAC